AUGCUGAAAGCAUCACGAGUGAGCGUCCCCCAGCAUUUAACGGGGAGUAGAUGGACCCGCGUGGCACGCAGGAAGAUAGAUACGAAUGCCAAACGCAACCCAGCGGCAGCUCCCAGCUCUCUACGGCAGUUCUCUCGCCUCUCGGCCACCACCCGCCUGCCGACACCGCCGGGGCUCACCGGGCCGAGGCGGCGGUCCCCGGGAGCGAGGCGGAGGCGCCGCGCGGCUGGCGGUAAAAAGACCCGAGCUCCCGCCGCUCGCGCUCAUAUAGAAUUAACGUCACCACGUCACCCCCCUCCCCCUCCUCCGCGCGCCCCGGUCUCCUGGCAACGCGCGCGCGCGCUCUCCUCGCGCUCCCGCCCGCCGGGCGCGCGCCGGCCCUUGGCCGAGGCGGUCGUGGCCGGGCCUGCCCUGCCCUGCCCGGCCCUGCCCCCGCCCGCCGCCGGAGGCGCCGAGGGAAGGCCCGGGCCGAGGCGGUGCCGGGAGCGCGGCGCUGCCCUCAGAGCGGGUAUUGUUCUUUGUGCCGCUGCGCGCCGGGCCGGGGCGUCCGAAGGCACCGAACCGCGGUGCUCCGUCACGCAGGGCGGGUUCGCUCGAGCAGACAUUCCCUUUAUGCAAUCAGCUAAAGUGGCAAUCAGCUGUAAACAAGCGACGCAGGAAGGCUUAGAUUCACAGGAAGGCUGGCCUGGCUUGUUUUCCCACAGCCUGCACCUCGUGACUUGCAGAGCACUGAGGGUAGCGGUGUGUACUAUCCACUGCCAGAACUCUCUGUUACUGCUAAAAAUGCCCACGGUAGCACCCCUGGCAGGGAUGAGAUAUAUAUUCAGCUCCAGUCUGGGCAAGAAAUAGCUUUCCUGUGCCAUGAACAGUUCUGAGCCCUAUGGAAAAAGUAGCAUUCCAAACAGGGAGGAGAAGACAGUAUCCUAUUCCAUGGACUGUGAUCCUUCCCUCCCCUUUCUAAACCCUCCAAAAUCACAGAUGGUACAAACACAAACAUUCUAUUCAUAUCGACUUUGAUUGCUUUAUUUUGAUUUUUUUACCACAUCAGUAUGUCUUUACUAGCAUUAAUUCUGUUUCUGCAAUUAAAAGUCAAGAUAAAUCCAAAAAACUUGAAUUUUAUUACUUUAAAAAGUCAAAACGACAUCCUGAGAAUUUUAGGACAUUCUGUCCCACACUGCCUUUUUAAUACAGUUGAAAAAUUCACCAAGACUAACUCUUUUGGAUGAGCAAUUUCAUUUUCAAAGAAUUGGCAAUUACCAGUUUAAUCUCUGACCUUGCCCUUCAAAAAAAAAGAUUCUCAGCAGCUCUAGUCAGUGUGAUCUGACACAGGAGAGUUAGUUCCUUCCUCCCUGGCAACUUUGAUUACUCAGAAGAUGGUGAAUUUUAGUAAACACAGACACAAAAGCAGACUACUUACUUUUCCCAGUAUAUUUUUCUAAAACUUUGGGAUUUUUUCAGCAACGUAGACAACAUUUUUGCCUGAAGACUUAACAUCACAAAACAUCACAGAAUACAGGUUGAAAGGAUUGCAGCUACUCAACUUCAGUCAGCAAAAAUCUUAAGGCUUUAUAUAAUUUAGUGUCUCAAAAUUAUAGUUUGAAAUACUGCAGCACUUCAGGUGGCUGACAUUCAAAGACCGAUCACUCACAUACCUAAAGCUGUCUGAAGAAUGUCAAAGAAGAGAUAUGAACUAGCUCCAUUAUGUUGAAAUAAAUUUGUAAGAGAAGGUGGAUAUUUAAAUCUUCUUUGUAACGUCAUUUUCUAUCUUUAAUCUUGCAUCGCUUCCUCUGUAUCAUUGACCUUAGGCUAGAGUUGGGUGGUAGAAAGAGGAAAGGGAAGAGUAUUCAGCUAAAGAUCUUAGAGUUUUUUGUCAACAUUGCAGUAUCUGGCAUUCUCUCUGCUUGAUCUGCCCCAUCCUGUUGCUGCAACCCUUGGGCAGAAAGGCCCCAACACAGUGACCUGACCUCCUGUCUAGGCAGGCUUGCUGCUUGGUGGUUCACAGAUCCAGGAUGUUGUUGUCUGACAGUCAAACUAUUUCCUGCUGCUCUUCCAGGUGCUCACCAAUGAUACCACCGGGGAGACCUGGAGUUUAUUAUAGCUGAUCACUGAUAACUAAACACACAGGCAAUGAGGUGUACUCAAACCUGUUUUGGGUGUACCCAAAACACUGCAAACAGCACAAAGUCCUUCUAGGAGCCAGUCGCCGAUGGUGAACCUCAGAGGUCAAUACUGUGGCCAAUACUGUUUAACGUCUUCAUUAAUGACCUGGGUGGUAGGAAAGAAUGCACCCUUCGCAAAUUUGCAAAUCUUAAUACAAAACUCAGAGUGCCAGCUGUUAAACCAGAUGGUAGUACUGCCAUUCAGAGAGAGUUUGGGAGGCUGGAAAAAUGGGCUGGCAGGAACCUCGUGAAGUUCAACAAAGGGAGGUGUAAAGUCCUGUCUCUGGGAAGGAACACCCCAUGUAGGAGAAGCCUGGGGACAACAGGCUGGAAAGCAGCUUUGCAGGAGAGGACCUGGGGGUCCAGUGGACUCCAAGCUGACCAUGAGCCAGAAAUGAGCCCUUGCCACCCAAAAAAAAAAAGGCCAGCAGCCUCCCACACUAUAUUAGGAAAAAUAUGACAAGGGAAUUGGUUCUUCCUCUCUGCUUAGCUCUUCUGAGACAUAGCUGGAGUGCUGGGUCCAGUUCCAGGGUUCCCAGUACAAGAAGGACAUAGACAUAGUGCAUCAGGUCCAGUAAAGAGCUAUGAAGAUGGCUAGGGAGUGAAGCAUCUCUCCUGUGAGGAAAGGCUGAAAGUUCAGUUUGUGUAGCCUAGAGAAGAGAAGGCUUGGGAGUAAUCUUACCAAAGUCUGUGAACACAUGAUGGAAAUAGACCAGACUCAAAGGUGCCCAGUGAAAAAAAGGAAAUUCCACUUAAACAUAUGAAGAACUACUUUGCUCUAAAGGUGAUAAAACACAAGGAGAAGUUGACCAGAGGGAUUAUGGAGUCUCCAUCUGUGGAGAUAUUGAAACCCCAGUUGAACACAGCCCACAGCAGCCUUUUCUAGCUGCUCCAGCUUUGAGGAAACUCUUCAGAGUUCCCUUCCAGACUUGACUCUUCUGUGAUAUUUACAUGAAAGCUUUGUUGCAUUUGAUGUUUGGGGAGGUAAGGUUAAAAAGCUAUGAAAAACAUCCCAGUUAAAUCACAAUGAAAAAUGCAACAUAAUACCAUUAAUUUAAAACUACUAGAACAGUGACACAACACGUGUAACAUAAACAGCGCUCACACAUCUGCCUGAUUAAUUGCAGAAUGUUCACGUAGAAGGCAGACCAAAAUUAUUCUCCAUGAUUUGCAUGGCAGAUUUGCAUGGAGACAAAAAGUCUUCAUGACUGGGGAAGUGAAAGCUGGCUGUGUUCUCUGCUGUUUAUUUAUUUAUUUAAAAGAAGGGCAUGCUGGCUUCUAGUUACAAAUAUAGCAUUUUAGUGUUCUGCGGAAGAGCAGAUUGCUUCUGCGCCAUUUAGUCUUAUCGUCUCUAUGCAUUUUGUGUCAUAUACAUAGGCUAAUUUCAGCAUUUUUCUUACAAAGUAUAACUAUUUAAAAGCUGAGAGCAUUGAUGAAACUGGUUUAUGUGUGAUCUUGUUUCGUUGCCUUAUGUUGCUGCUUUUACUCUUCAUCUUUCUCCGUCUUCCACUACAAUAAACAGACCUGCCAGUCUUAAGAACUCUGUGGUAUUGCUGCAUUAGCUGAAAAAAGAUGAAGGCCAGAAAUGGGGCAGUAAAAUACAGGGAAGCUGAGGAGCAAAAGAGGGGAAGUUUGAUGAGAUAUGUGGGAUUUGCUACCUACAGUAAGCAAAGCCUUUAAAAAUAAGGGGUGGAAUUAAUUCCACCUAACUUCAGACGUCCUCAGCUACAAUAUCUCAGCUUCCUUGGCUUGUCUUAGUAGUGGACAAAGAUAAGCUCCUGUUCAGUGCCAUUCACCUGAUCUGUUUUAGUUGUCUAUUUGAAGGUGAGAUGACUUGUGCCCAGAAAUGCCUCCUUCAGUCUACUGACAAUACAUGGAAGACUGGCUCAAAUGUAAAAGUGUACAUUUACUGAAUCUAUCCAAAUUCUCUAGCAGUGUUUUGAACACCUGAAAGGAAAAGGAAGCCAAACAGCAGGAAUAGGCUGCGCAGUUUGUACUUGUCAAAGCUCAUGCCUGCAGCGUGGUGCCACAGAGCAUCUGGAACACAGUUGUUUCAGAUCACCCAGUAUUUGUAUUUUGCAUGCUAUUUGCUAGUGUGGUUCUUUCCUUCAUGUUUUCCACAGAUCCAGUGGUGCCAGGAUCUGAAAUGCAAGGAGUAUAUGUGGCAUCUGGUUGUUUGGCUUCGGGUUUGGACCUGUCAAGGUGACAUCUGCUCCCAAGGUCACCUGAUUGCCUCAGUGGCCACCUGGGUCCCUUUUUCCUAAAAUGCUUUGGACUCACUUGCUGGGACUUGAUGGUAGCUGCAAAAUUCUGGACAUGAGCAGAGGCACAAGUCUUAUCAGAUGUGUUGCUCCUUUCCUUUGCAUCACUUUGGCACUGCUGUUUUGGAGUAGAUGUGGUCCUGGUCCUCAUGGUACCCUUUCUUGUGAAUGUAGUGUGCCAGAAGCUCCAAACUGCAGUAUUAUUGCAG